AUGCCUACACCUAAGGAUAUCUGCGGUGAUAGCUCGUUUGGGCCUCAGGUUAGGACACAAAAUUGUCGGGGUGGACUUGAUUUUACCGUCCUAUUCGAGGAGAGCAUGUUGUCACUUGCUCCGGCAGCGCUGUUGCUGUUGAUCGCACCUUUCCGGCUGGCGCACCUGUACGGCCAAGACGUCGUAAUUAGUGUAUUUGCAUGCCUACAACUAGCACUUCUGCUUCUCUGGUGCCUCUCCAAGUAUACCAUCUUCCCAUCGGUUUCCAUCACCUCUGCUGUAUUGGGCCUCAUUUCUGCUUUUGUGAUAGCUUUGCUAUCGCACUUGGAACACAAAAAAUCCAUCAGACCUUCCUUUCUAACUUCCUUAUAUAUACUGGUAACUUUGAUAUUCGACAUUGCGCGCGCGAGGACACAUUGGCUUCUGCGGCAACAUGACGCUGUCGCAGCUACUCUAGCUGCAAUCGUAGCUUUGAAGCUCGUUAUGCUGAUUCUUGAAUCUAUGGAAAAGAGAAGCAUUCUGAUACCAAUAUAUAAAGGUUCUUCUACGGAAUCUACAGGCGGGCUCUUCAAUCGCGCCUUAUUCUGCUGGCUUAACCCCCUACUGCUCAAAGGAUUUAUGAGUGUCCUUUCAGUCGAUGAGCUCUUCCCAAUUAGUGAAAAUCUGUCUUCUAUAGAAGUUACGGAGCAAAUUCAAGCAGGAUGGAACACAAGUAAUAAACGGGGCAAGAAUGCUUUGGCUAAGGCCGUAGUCCUUAGCUUCAAGUGGCCCUUUUUCGGCACGGUGGUCCCCCGAAUAUGUGUGGUUGCCCUAAAGCUUGUUCAACCAUUCCUAAUUCAAGAAUCUAUCAACUACAUCAACGAUCCCGUGGUAUUAGGGUCACAAAACACUGGCUAUGGGCUCAUUGCUGCCUAUGGCUUGGUGUAUCUCUGCAUUACUGUCUUUACUGGUUGGUAUCAACACUUGACGUUCCGGCUUGUGGCAAUGAUACGAGGUGGACUCGUAGGGGUCAUAUUUCGGAAAAUGCUGGAGUUAAAUAUUAGCGAUGUUCAGGAAUCUUCGGCCUUAACAUUGAUGAGUACGGAUGUGGAAAGAAUUGCUGAAACAUGGGGCUUUGUGAACGAGCUAUGGGCGAGCCUGAUCCAGGCAUUAAUAGCCGUGUGGUUACUGGAGCGGCAACUGGGUGUUGUCUGUAUCUACCCAAUGCUCAUAUCUCUCGUGGCAAGUCUCUCUUCUUUCUGGGUUGCUCAAUACAUAGCUAUGCGCCAGAAGGUAUGGAUAGAAGCCAUUCAAAAGAGAGUUAACCUAACAACGGAGCUUCUUGGAUCAAUAAAAGUCGUCAAAAUGCUUGGGCUUUCAUUUAAACUGUCUCAGAUUGUCCAAAAGAUGCGAGUUGCUGAACUAGACCUCUCGAAGAGAUAUAGGAGACUGUCAGUUACAAAUACCUGCUUGACGAACUUGCCUAAUAUCAUCAUUCCUGUAAUCACAUUUACGGCUUUUGCAGUUUCAGGACAUAAUGGCCUAAAUGUGUCUCAGGCGUUCACAUCUUUAUCAAUUUUGAGCCUUAUAACCUCGCCUAUUGCCAAUGUGAUCUAUGCUAUUCCCCAGUUAUACUCGGCUCUGGGUUGCUUUCAACGGAUCCAAGAAUACAUACAAAAAGAACCCCGACACGACUCGAGGCUAUUGAUUAUACCAUCUGAAAGAAAACAAAGCUACGCACAACUAGAGCCUUCAGCCUCAGCCCCAGCCCAGGAUCAGAUGGAAUUGCAAUCGCUUAAAAGACCAGUCCAUGAAUCGGAUACAGAAACCUCAACUACUACAUGUAAACCCAUGGUCGCCAUUCGAGACGCCUCCUUUGGCUGGCACAAGACCGGCCCAGCCAUCAUCCAGGGUAUCGACUUACAACUUUCGGGGUCGUCGCUGACUAUUGUGGUCGGUCCUGUAGGCUGCGGCAAGUCAACGUUGCUUAAAAGCAUUCUCGGUGAAACAUUCAAUCUCGCAGGAUCUUUGGGCCUUUUAUCCCUAGAAAGCGCAUUCUGUGACCAGAUUCCUUGGAUCAAAUCCGGCACACUCCGAGAAAAUAUAAUUGGACACUUGGAGUUUGAUGAUAUCUGGUAUAAUAAGGGUAUGAAACUGAGUGGUGGACAGAGGCAACGAUUGUCAAUGGCCCGAGCAAGCUAUGCAAGAAAGCAGCUUGCAAUUUUUGACGAUGUUCUUAGUGGACUAGACGCUCUGACGGAAGAAAAGGUUUGCAACCGUUUAUUUAGUCGGCACGGAUUACUUCGCCAAUCCGGGACUACUGUCAUAUUAGCGACACAUUCUAAUCACAUCGUAAUCUUGAAUUCAAACGGCCGUAUUGCCAAGCAAGGAACAUUUGAGCAACUGAGUACUAGUGGUCGAUAUCUUGAUGGCCUGGCUCGCUACGAUAGAACAACACUAGGCAGUACAGAUAACGAAGGUCUGCCGCAAGUACCAACAAGCAUGACAUCGCAUACAAGUUCGGAACCUAGGUUUGCUAGUAGAGAAACACGUCGUCAGGAGGGAGACUGGAGUGUUUAUCGGUUCUACGGAGCAUCUAUGGGCUGGUGGAGGCUGGCAUUUUAUGCUACCUCAAUCGUCAGUUCCAGCACUUUUGCUGGCCUACAAACCAUAUGGCUUAGUAUAUGGUCCCAAUCCAAAGAUGAAGGCUCGCGAUUAGACUACUGGCUCCCUAUAUACGGGCUGUUUGCGCUGUGCAAUGCCCUAGCCCUUAUAAUUGCCUGCUUUUAUUUUAUGGUUAUCAUAGUCCCACGGUCUUCGCAACACCUUCACUGGUCAGCUCUGAAGAUUGCUAUGAGUGCCCCAAUCUCUUUUUUCACCCGCAUAGAUACCGGAAUUAUUGUCAAUCAUUUUAGCCAAGACAUGCGGCUUCUCGAUAUGACCUUACCAAAUGCGAUAAUUUCCGCUUCAUUUCAGCUUGCCAACACUAUCUGGAGCUUCAUUCUUACUUCAAUUGCCGUCUGGUACAUGGUAAUACCUAUACCAUUCCUCGUUGGACUCGUAUAUGGAAUCCAGAAGUUUUAUUUGAGGACAUCCCGGCAAUUGCGAUUACUCGACCUCGAAACGAAGGCACCCCUAUACUCUCACUUCAUUGAGUCUCUUUCCGGAUUGGCGACGUUACGAGCAUUCGGCUUGUCUGAGGCUGCCUUUGAGAAGAAUUUUCAGCUCCUUGACAUAUCCCAAAAACCAUUCUACCUACUACUAUGCGUCCAAAGAUGGCUUACUCUGGUCUUGGAUAUAGUCGUUGCGAUUGUUGCUGUUCUACUCAUAUCACUAGCCGUAGCUUUACGCUCGCGGAUCAAUGCUGGAUUUUUAGGUGUUGCAAUGGUUAACGUCAUGAACUUAAGCACCGCACUUACUAACUUAGUUAAUUUCUGGACACUUUUAGAAACAUCGCUAGGUGCAGUUCGCAGGAUCAAAGAAUUUACGGAGAAUACGGAAUCUGAGAAUUUAGCAGGAGAGGACCAGAUUCCGUCGCCUGAAUGGCCAGUGAAGGGUGACUUGGCGUUCAUUGGAAUAUCCGCGGCAUAUAACUCAAACGACUCUCCUGUCCUUUCUAAUGUUACUUUAUCAGUUACGCACGGCCAGAAAGUUGCAAUUUGUGGAAGAACCGGAAGUGGAAAAAGCUCCCUUCUUCUCGUUCUUUUAAGGAUGAUUGAUCUUACCGAAGGUACCAUCAUGAUUGAUUGCGUCGAUAUCUCUAGGAUACCGCGAGAUUUUCUUCGCUCUAAAUACGUGACCUUGCCACAGGAUUUCUUUUCGCUUACGGGAACUGUGCGCUUCAACGCAGAUCCCCUCGGCCAAGCUUCGGACGAGCAGAUUAUUGCUGCACUCGAACAGGUCCAGCUGUGGAAACUGAUCCGCACCAAGGGGGGUCUGGACGCCCAUAUGGACGGUAGCCUCUUUUCCCACGGACAGAUCCAGCUCUUCAGCCUCGCAAGAGCAAUGUUGCAGGAGAACCCAAUCCUGAUACUUGACGAGCCAACAAGCAGUGUCGACGCCGAUACCGACGAGUUGAUCCAGCGGCUCCUUCACGAGCGGUUCAACAACCAUAGCAUUAUCAUGAUCGCGCACAGGCUAAAGAGUGUCGUCAACUAUGAUAAAAUAGCCGUCCUGGACGGCGGCAAACUUGCAGAAUUCGACUCUCCUGACGCCCUUCUGUCCAGGCCUUCCAUCUUCCGAACCUUGUAUGAAGCCUGCUAG